CUGGUUUUUCCUUGUUUCAAGAUUUUUCCGGGAAAAUUGUUCUCAUCAUUAAACACAAAGGAGAAAAAUUGUUUGAUAACUUGAGUCUUUUAUUUUCUUGUGAAGUCUGCAUUUUUCUCGUCUCUUUCGUAUAUUUUCUCUCGUUUUCUCGCUUUGAUUCUCGAUUGGAAGGUUUGUUAUCACCGACUUGUGUGUGUGUGGCAUUUUACAUUGUUUUCUCGUUUCGUUAUUUUUCGAUCAUAGAAACAAAACAAACAACCGGAAAAUCAGCUCUCACCACAGAAAAAAAUUAAAUUUAAAAAGACUUUUCUUUCUUCUGCAAGUAACUGAGUUGAUUUCGUUUUUUCUUUGUCCAUUUCUUUUAAAGAAUAAUAAAAAUAUAAUUGUCCAUAACUUCCGUUUCCCUUAAAUUCAGCUGUCCUAACGUCAAAGCUCAGACACUCGCUUGCGUGUCUCCCCCUUAAACUCUCUCUCUCUCUCUUCCUCUCUGUUUCUUUGUCCUUCUUCUCUGUUUCUCUAUCGUUCUACUCUGUUUCUGAGACAUUUCAGACAAGGAUCAAGAAACCCUCUUCUCUCUCUUUCGCUAGAAAGGAAUCAUGGUGUUUGGAAAAGGGUCAAUGAAAAAAUCGAACCUUGACCGGUUCCUUCAUUGCACAACACCUGUGGUGCCACCACAAUGUCUCCCCAAGACGGAGAUUAGGAGUUUGAAUAAGAUUUGGCAUCAACCAGAGAGAGAAAACGUUGAGUAUUUCAGAUUGAGUGAUCUAUGGGAUUGUUACGAUGAGUGGAGUGCUUAUGGAGCUGGUGUUCCCAUUCGUCUCACUAAUGGAGAAUCUCUUGUUCAAUACUAUGUUCCUUAUCUCUCUGCUAUCCAGAUCUUUACCUCUCGCUCUUCCUUGAUCCGCUUAAGGGAAGAGUCUGAAGAUGGAGAAAGCUCGUUUAGUGAUUCAUAUAGUGAAGAGAGUGAGAGUGAUAAACUAUCAAGAAGUGCUGCUUCUGAUGAAGGACUUGAGCAUGACGCUAUUUUGCAUCCUAAUGAUCGGUUGGGCUAUCUUUAUCUUCAACACUUUGAGAGAUCAGCUCCUUAUGCUCGUGUUCCUCUCAUGGAUAAGAUCAAUGAAUUGGCUCAAAGGUACCCUGGAUUGAUGUCACUGAGAAGCGUAGAUCUUUCACCGGCUAGUUGGAUGGCUGUAGCGUGGUACCCUAUUUACCAUAUACCAAUGGGAAGAACCAUCAAAGAUUUGUCUACUUCUUUCCUCACUUAUCACACUCUUUCAUCUUCUUUUCAAGGUACUACUACUAAUAUUAUCAAGCCUCUCAGGUUCAAAUCUUUCUGUGUUUUAUAUGUAACUGUUAUGGUCUUGAUAUACAGAUAUGGAGCCAGAAGAAAAUGGUGGGGAAAUUGAGAGAACACGGAAGGAAGGACAAGGUGUAACUUUGCGUCCUUUCGGGUUAGCCACUUACAAGAUGCAAGGCAAUGUUUGGCUCUCGGAAGAUGAUCAAGGCCAAGAUCAAGAGCGAGUUCUGUCUCUUCUUAGUGUUGCUGAUUCUUGGCUGAAACAGCUAAGAAUCCAACACCAUGACUUCAACUACUUCUCAAGAAUGGUUCAUCGUGGCUAACAAACCCGUCAGGAAGCCAUGAUUUUCAACUUGUAGAUUUUUUUCUUUCUCUUUUUGUUUUUCUUUUUGCUCUCUCAAGUGAAUAGGAGGUUACUUUUUUUUUUUUCCGUGGCCGCAAUAACCGUGGUUGGAGCAGCAGUGGUGGUGGCUGUGGCGAGGAGGCUCAAACCGCUCACCGAGCGUUUUCUUAAUGCAAUUAAAAAAUGGUUGCUGCGUUUUGAGUGUAGACGUAUAUUAUAAUAUGACUGCUGGAAAGCUUGUUUUCUUCUUUCUUGAUAACAUUGAUAGAGAGGGCCUUGUUCUUGUACGUCAGUAACAAUUAAACGAAACAGUACAUUUAACUAUCUAAUCAUCUGUGUAAUGUUUUUACACGCAGAUAUAAAUAGAAUGACCUGUGGAAGAAUCAUAUAACCAUACCCUUUUAAGGUCGAGUUGUGUUGAAUUCCAGUUCACUAAAACAAGUUUAUACAUGGCUGAAUUCAAGUUGAUGAGUAGUCCACAUAGUCUAUA